AAUGCAUUUGAAAAAAGUUUAAGAAAAGCAUUGCCAAAGAUUGACAUUAUUUCUUUACCAAAGACAAGAUAUAUUGGAUCUAAAAAGAUAGGCACAGGUGUCAAUGGGGCUGUCAUUCAAGUUCAAAUUAAAAAGACUGCCCCUAUAAAAUUAGCUUUGAAACGCUGCAAAUUAGCAAAUGACCCUGAUUAUCGUAGAUCUAUCAUAAGGGAGCUCCGUCUUAUGUCAACUGGACAUUCCAACCUUAUUAGCUUGAAAGAAGUCUCCGUAUACAAAAAUGAAGUUUGGAUUGCUAUGGACUUGAUGCGUUGUAGUGUAUUUAGUAUAUUAUGUGUCAAAGCAUUACCUGAAAAUCAUGCAAUUUAUAUCUUUCGUGAGACCCUUAAUGCUUUGGACUUCUUACAUUCUAACGGAUUCAUUCAUCGUGACAUAAAAUGUGAAAAUUUGCUUAUUAGUUUUGAGGGUGAAGUGAAAUUAGCUGAUUUUGGAUUGACUGCUAUUACGAAAAGAAUGAAUUCUGAUAGACUGGGCACAGCCAAGUGGAUGGCACCAGAGGUAGUUAUUGAAGCUGAAUACAAUGAAAAAAUUGAUAUUUGGUCUCUUGGUGUCACUUUGAUCGAGAUGCUUGAUCGUGUUCCACCAUACUAUAAUAUUAAAAGUGACGAAAAAGUUUAUGAAAAAAUCAUAUACGAUCCUAGUCCAACUUUUAUUUACUCUUACCCUUCCAUUUACUGUACUGGGCUUGUAGCUUGGUUAUUAGAAAUUGAACCUAAUAAUCGUCCAGCAGCAAAAGAAGUUAUCAUUGAAAUUGAUGAACAUAUUGAACGAAACUUAUUACCGAUAUCAAAUGCUAAAUGCUUAACGAAAUUUAUAACUGAAUGUUCAAAGAAAUAA